UCGUGGUCUGUGCUGCUGUGAUUUGCGGCUGAGGGGGCGCGCGAUUCCAAUUCAGUCUGGUGUCCCAGGAUCUCGCUCUCUCCACUGGACCCAGCCCAGCGGUCCUGCCCUGAGGGAGGACAGUAAGCACGGUGGCGGAGCUGAAGACUGGAGAACCGGUUGAGGAAGGUCAGACGCCGGCAUACGUGAACCAUGGCUGAUAAAAUCCAGGAAUCCAGUGGCAUUGAUUUCCCCUUUCCCCUCCCACCCUACUCCAUCCAGAAGGACUUCGUGGCAGAUCUGUAUCAUGUGCUGGAGGCUGGCAAGAUCAGGAUAUUUGAGAGUCCCACUGGCACGGGAAAGUUCCUGACUCUCAUCUGCAGGGCUCUGAACUGGCUCCGUGACUUUGAACAGAAGAAACAGCAGGAAAAGGUGUGCUGCCUCCUGGCUCCUGGAACCCAGCCCCUGCCUGAGGGCCAGGACUUGCUUCCUGCAGCCCCAUCUUCCUGCCCGGCGCCCCCCACUGCCCUGAGGCCUGGAGGAGAGCUGGACUGGGUCACCCAGUUUGUGCAGAGGAAGGAGGACAGGGAGCUGGCAGAGCAAGUGAAGGCGAGUCUGGGUGGGAUCCUGGGGUUGGUGCAGUGGCCUCUGUCCUCCCCCACUCACCUUGCACCCUGCACUUGGCAUUGGCCCGAGGCAGCAGAAGGAGGGGCUGCUGCGGCCCCCAUGCUCUGGAGGCCAGUAGGGGUCCCCACAGGAGUCUCCUCAAGGCUGUGUUCCCCAGGAAGAGCAGAGCAGAAGGAGGAAGCGAGAGGAGCGGCUGCAGCAGACCCGCCACAGUGCACAGUUCAAGCGUACAGCCCAACGCCAGGCAGGAGGAGGAGUGGUGGCCUUCAGCUGGUGGUGCUGCCCUACCCGAUGCUGUUGCAUGCGGCCACUCGACAGGCUGCGGGCAUCCAGCUGCAGAGCCAGGUCGUCAUCAUCGACAAGGCACACAACUUGAUCGACACCAUCGCAGACAUACACAGCACGGAGGUCAGUGGGUCCCAGGUGGAGGAGUCUAAAAACCCUGUAGGUGCGCGCCACCCAGGGCCCAGGCUUAUCCUCUACUCACCUGUCCUGCAGCACUGUAUCGGAGAACGUCGUCCACUGCCGCGUCCCGGGGUUGAUCAGUUCCCCGUACGGGCCACCAGAUGUCGGUGUCGCUCCCGGCCGGCAGGAAGAACACACAACAGAAUCUGGCAGUGGUUAAGCUUCCUUUUAUUUUCUCUCCGUGCAGUCUGCCCCGGGAUCCCUCCCGGCCGAAGCCUCUACCGGUCCGCUGCCCGCGGCUCCUUCAGUGCUUCCUCCUCCAAAUGGGAGAGGCAGCAGCUUAUAGGCUGCAUGACCGCUGCGCAUGGUGAUCUAGCGCUGCUGCGGCUCCCAACAGACCACUGGCUUCACACCAGCGGAGCAGGGUCCCAGCUCUGCCAGGCACUCUCCCAGUUGCUGCAGUACAUGGAGCGGUACAGGAAGCGUCUGAAAGCCAAGAAUCUGAUGUACAUCAAGCAGAUCCUGUAUUUGCUGGAGCAGUUUGUGACCAUGCUGGGAGGGAAUAUCAAGCAGAACCCCAACACACAGAGCCUCUCACAGACAGAGACUGAGCUGAAGACCAUCAGCGACUUACUCUUUCAGAGCCAGGUGGACAACAUCAACCUGUUCAAGCUCCCACCGCCGCCAGAGGAGGCUGAGGUUAAGGUCAUGUGCGCUGCUUCCCCACUGAUGCAUGAAGGCUUCCUUGCAGCCUUCACCACUGCCAACCAGGAUGGCAGAGUCAUCCUGAGCCGCCAAGGCAGCCUCAGCCAGAACAGCCUCAAAUUCUUGCUCCUAAAUCCAGCCAUGCAGUUUGCCCAGGUGAUGGAAGAAUGCCGGGCAGUGGUCAUUGCAGGGGGCACCAUGCAGCCGGUGUCUGACUUCCGGGAGCAGCUGCUGGCCUGGGCUGGGACGCAAUCAGAGCACGUUGUAGAGUUUUGCUGUGGUCACGUUAUCCCACCAGACAACAUCCUGCCCCUGGUCCUCUGCAGUGGGCCCACCGGCCAGCAGCUGGAGUUCACCUUCCAGCAGAGAGAGCUGCCUGCAAUGAUGGUGGAGACAGGACGCAUUCUCUGCAACCUGUGCAACGUGGUCCCUGGGCGGCUGGUCUACUUCUUCCCUUCCUAUGAGUACCAGCGCCAGGUCCUUGCCCACUGGGACAAGAGUGGUCUGCUGGCCCGCCUGACUGUCAGGAAAAAGCUCUUCCAGGAGCCAAAGAGAGCCAGCCAAGUGGAGCAGGUCCUGGCUGAGUAUUCCAAAUGCAUUAAGAGGUGUGGACAGGCAGGAGGCCCAGUGACUGGGGCCCUGCGCCUCUCUGUGGUGGGAGGGAAGAUGAGUGAAGGGAUCAACUUCACAGACGGCCUGGGCCAGUGUAUGGUAAUGGUGGGCAUGCUCUACCCCAACAUCCGGUCUCCCAAGCUGCAGGAGAAGAUGGCCUACUUGGAUCAGCACCUUCCCAGGAGCCCAGGGCAGGUGCCCGUGGAGAAGGCACUGCUGGAGAACCUGUGCAUGAAGGCUGUCAACCAGUCCAUCAGCAAGGCUAUCCGACACCAGAGGGACUUCACCAACAUCAUGCUCCUGGACCAGCGCUACACGGGGCCCCCAGUGCUGGAAAAGCUGCCAACCUGGAUCCGAGACCGUGUGGAGGUCAAAGCCACCUUUGGUGCUGCGUUCCCUGCACUGCGGAAGGUCAGGCCGGCCCUCUCCUUCCUCGGCUCCCAGUACCCCAGUCUGAGAGUUGGCUGCUCUUUCCCUGUGCCUGCAGUUUCACUGGAGAAGGCGGGGCCCUCCUGA